AUGAAGGGGACCCCCGGCUCCCUGGAGACCCUGCUGUGGGUCUACCACUUCCACAGCUCCACGGAGGUGGCGCUCCAGCCCCCGCUCCUGUCUUCGCUGGAGCUCGCCGUGGCCGCGGCCCACGAGUAUCUGGAGCAGAGGUUCGCGGAGCUGAAGUCGCGGGAACCGCCCGCCCCGGAGCCCACCCUGGGGCUGCUGCUGAGAGAGGCCGCGGCCAGCGUCGUCAACUUGGGUGCCACCUUGUUAGAGGCCCUCCCUCGAGCUGUAAGAAAGAAGGAGUCACACCCUGGAAGAAGCUCUGUGCCUCCGGAGGUUUUUCUGCCUGCUCUUCUGCCUGCCUGUCCUCAUGCCUCUCCUCCUCUUGCUGCUCCUGCUGCCGAGCCUUUCACACUCGGACUCCUCCUGUGA